GCGCUCAACACUAUCAAUAUCUGUACCGUUACUGACCUUGACUACAUACUACAGUCAAACAAUAUCAAUAUCUGUACCGUUACUGACCUUGACUACAUACUACAGUUAAACACUAUCAAUAUCUGUACCGUUACUGACCUCUACUACAUACUACAGUUAAACACUAUCAAUAUCUGUACCGUUACUGACCUCUACUACAUACUACAGUCAAACACUAUCAAUAUCUGUACCGUUACUGACCUUGAUUACACACUACAGGCAAACACCAUCAAUAUCUGUACCGUUACUGACCUCUACUACAUACUACAGUCAAACACUAUCAAUAUAUGUAUCAUUACUGACCUUGACUACAUACUACAGUCAAACACUAUCAAUAUCUGUAUCAUUACUGACCUUGACUGCAUACUACAGUCAAACACUAUUAAUAUCUGUACCGCUAGUUCCCUCUACUACAAACUACAAUCAAACACUGUCAAUAUCUGUAUCAUUACUGCGGACAUCUUCUGUAUAGGCUCAAAUUUUGACGGUGACCUGUGA